GCCUAUAGCACUGAGAUGUAGUGCCUUAGAGCGUUGUGCCACUCGGGAACAAAGGCCAGAGUGUCAGCGGCACACACACCACCUACAGUAUAUCGUGGUGUAGUUGGAUAAAUAUAGCUAAAUAUACCCAGAGUGACAGAGACUGCUGACUAGACCUCUGCCACAGACACGCACCCAACCAGCACACACUGGGGAGGUCACCGGGGGGUGUGUGUGUUCCAGGGUGCUGCUGGGGGCUGGUUAUGUCUCUCUCCUGUCAGUGUACAGUUAGCUCUGAGCCAAACAGUCACCCAGCUCUCUGGGUUCUCUCCUCUAAGCCAGCUGGUCUGGCUUUAUCACUUCUUCUACUCUUCUUCUAAUCCUUCGUUCAGUUUCAUCCCUUCAUUUCUGAGGUAAAAGAUAAAGUGGUCUGACCCUCAGCUGGAGCUGUAGGGAACCUUCCAGGAGAAGAUAAUACAAGCAGCACUGGUCCGCUGUAAACCUAUGGACCUGGUACCCUUACAGACCACCCUGAUGGAACACUCAGACACAGACUGACAGAAAGACUAAGACAGCGGACUGAAACACAGAUGAGAUUGAGAUAAAGCCAAACCUAGAGACAGAAACGAAGACUGAAACGCAUGUAGAACGACUGAGGCUUUGAUGGAACAGAAGGACAUGUGCAAGUGAUUGACUGGAGUGAAUGCCAGAGGAAUUGAGAGAAGAAGAAUUGAGAGAAUACUGCUGUGAGGAUUUGGAAGACAAGAGAAGAAGAACAGGACAUUUGGGAUAGGAAAGGGAGAGAAGAUGGGGAGGAAAAAGAUCCAGAUAGCACGGAUUAUGGAUGAACGUAACAGACAGGUGACAUUCACCAAGCGGAAGUUUGGCCUGAUGAAGAAGGCGUAUGAGCUGAGUGUUCUGUGUGACUGUGAGAUCGCCCUCAUCAUCUUCAACAGCACCAAUAAAUUGUUCCAGUACGCCAGCACUGACAUGGACAAGGUCCUGCUCAAAUACACAGAGUACAACGAACCUCACGAGAGCAGGACUAACUCCGACAUCGUGGAAACUCUGCGUAAGAAGGGUCUAAAUGGUUGUGACAGUCCCGACAUCGAGGCAGACGAUUCUGCUGGUCAGAGCCCCGAGUCAGAGGACAAAUACCGCAAGAUCAACGAUGACAUCGACCUCAUGAUCAGCAGACAGAGACUCUGUCAGGCUCUCCCCCCACCUAACUACGACAUGGUUGGCUCCAUCCAGGGCCAAAACAACAGUGGACUACUAUACUCUCACCCCGGGGCGGGGGGAUCCUUGUAUAACCACAAUCUUCUGCCCCUUUCCCACACACACCCUGGCCUGCAGAGGAACAGCAUGUCACCUGUACCCCAACACACACACCAACCCCCCAGUGCUGGAAACUCAGGAGGGAUGAUGGGUUCAGAGCUGUCUAACACUGUCUCCAGCGCUGUUAGCGGUAACUAUGGUAACCACCGUACCUCCCUGGGGCGGCUGUCUCCAGGAGGCAUGGCCAAGACUUCGCCCCCGAUGAUUCAGGCCAAGACUUCGCCCCCGAUGAACUCCAUGACCCUGAGUGGCAACCGCAAGCCGGACCUCCGCACGCUGCUACCCCCUGGGAACAAGAGCAACAUGCCCUCCAUCAACCAGAGAAUAAACCACUCUCAGUCUGCCCAGACAUUGACUACCCCCGUGGUCUCCAUAGCAACACCUACUCUGCCCGGGCAGGGUAUGGUAGGGUACCCCUCUGCCCUCUCCACCUCAUAUGACACAGAGUACUCUCUGGGUGACCUGUCAGGGUUUGGUAACAGAUCAGGAUCUCUCCACCUGGGAUCAGUAACAGGCUGGCAGCAACAACCGCUACAGAAUAUACAGCACUCAGCACUAGGACACAUGGGAAACCUUUGUCAGAACUCCAACCUUAACCUCCAGAAUGUCCAUCAGAACCUUUACAUCAAGUCAGAGCCCACCUCCCCGCCCAGAGAUCGAGGCAUCGGAUUUGUCAGCGGAAGGAUGGGGGGCGUGUCCCAUGGCUACCCAACAAAUCAGGGCCCGGCAGAGGCAGGGCAGUCUCCUGGCGACAGCCUAUCCAGCUGUGGCAGCUCGUAUGAUGGCAGUGAUCGCGAGGAUCACCACGGAAACGAUAACUUCCUGCAACGCCCGAUGCCCAAUCAGGAGGAGCGCCACAGCCCGUCUCUCAAACGAAUGCGCCUAUCAGAAUGCUGGGCUACAUGAUAAGGCCUGCCUCUGAUUUACAGAGGGGGAGGGGCUUGUGUAGUUACAUUUAGUGUUAUUAUAACUAUUAUUAAGCUUGUGUCCAAAAUGGCACUCUAUUCCCUACAUACUGCUCUUGCCAAAAGUAGUGCACUUUAUAGGGAAUAGGGUUCGAUUUCAGAUUUGCCCUAUAUUCUUCUUGUGCAGAGUGAGAGUGUUCCACUAUAAGAGGGACAUUAUAAACAGGAGUGUGGGGGGAAUAUAACAGUGACAGACUGGGUCUGAAAUGGAACCCUAUUGCCCACGUAGUGCACUACCUAUGGGGAAAUAGGGAGUGAUUUGAGACAACCAGUGAUAUUAUACAGGAGUGAGGGUGGAUAUGGUGUGAGGGAGUCAGUGUGGGAGGUAUGUUGCCUGUAUUGUGUAUUUGUGGGAGAGAGAGGGAAUCAGUAAAUUAAUAUGUACACUAUGUAAACUAACUAACAAAGGUUGAAGAAGUCUGGUACUCUGUAUGGAUAAGAUACUGGUGAGUCAAUAAUAUACUAGGAGACACUAGGACAGGCACUGUGAGUGGACAUGUCAGGGUGUGUGUGUGUGUGUGUGUGUGUGUGUGUGUGUGUGUGUGUGUGUGUGUGUGUGUGUGUGUGUGUGUGUGUGUGUGUGUGUGUGUGUGUGUGUGUGUGUGUGUGUGUGUGUGUGUGUGUGUGUGUGUGUGUGUGUGUGUGUGUGUGUGUGUGUGUGUGUGUGUGUGUGUGUGUGUGUGUGUGUGUGUGUGUGUGUGUGUGUGUGUGUGCGCACGCGCGCGCUACCUAGGCUCUGAUUUCCCAAUCUGCAGCUGGCUGACUAGCAGACAGAGUGAGUGUUCACUACAACCCAUUCAUGUUGCCGGUUCAACAUAUUUAUGUGUAUAUAUAAAUGAAGAACAAGGGAGGAUUUGGCAGACAGAGAGAGAAAAUUAAAGGGAUAGAGAGAUAGACAGAGAAGGGAGGGAAAGACUGAUGGAGAAAGAGAGAAAAAAAGAGAACGAUAGAAGGAGACAGAGAAAGAGGACAACGAUAGGGGGAGAG